AUGCCCGAACCGAAUGAAGACACAUGGAAGAAAAUAGCUAUAGACUUUGAAAGAUCUGCAAAUUUCCCGAAUUGCAUAGGCGCCAUAGAUGGCAAGCAUAUACGGAUUACAAUGCCAAAAGAUUCUGAAUCUUUGUAUUAUAAUUACAAAAACUUUUUUUCUGUAGUAUUGCUGGCACUUUGUGAUGCUAACUAUUGCUUUAUUUUCAUUGACAUUGGAUCAUAUGGAAAAAGUAGUGAUUCUGCAAUAUUUAAAAAUUCUGUAUUUUAUAAAAGAUUAAUUCGAAAAUCAUUACAAAUACCAAAUCCCACACCAAUAUCCAACAUAGACCCUACACCACUACCAUAUGUCAUCGUUGGUGAUGAAGCGUUUGGCUUAACGGAAAAUUUAAUGCGACCCUAUGGAG